GUAUAAACCCUAGACUAAUUAUAAAGAUAAAAAAAUAAUAAUAACGUUGUGUGUGUAUGUGAAGAAAACAGUCACUUUUAUCAGAUCUCGCUUUACUAGAGUUGCCGAAGAUCAUCCCAGCAGGCACCAGUUGCACAAGAUCAUCAAAGAGUCAAAAACACUGUUCAAUUUCAGAAGAAACUGACCUGACGUAACCUGACCUGACCUGACCUCCUUCAAUGGAGGACGCUUACGCCCGAUCUGUUUCAGAGGUUCUUGAAUUCUUCGCGGUGGAUCCAACUAAAGGUCUUACAGAUUUACAGGUUACACAACAUGCACACUCAUAUGGCAAAAAUGUGUUGCCUCAAGAAAAAAGCACUCCUUUCUGGAAGUUGGUGCUGAAGCAAUUUAAUGAUUUGCUUGUUAAGAUUCUAAUUGCAGCUGCUUUUAUUUCCUUUUUUUUGGCACUUGCUAAUGGAGAGACGGUAAUAUCAGCCUUCAUUGAACCUUCUGUUAUCUUGAUGAUAUUGGCUGCAAAUGCAGCGGUCGGGGUUAUCACAGAAACAAAUGCUGAAAAGGCUCUUGAGGAGCUACGUGCAUACCAAGCUGACGUUGCUACUGUCCUGCGCAAUGGUUGUUUCUCGAUAUUACCUGCAGCAGACCUUGUCCCUGGAGAUAUUGUAGAAGUGAGUGUUGGGUGUAAAAUUCCAGCUGAUAUGAGAAUGAUCGAGAUAUUGAGCGAUCACUUACGUGUUGAUCAGGCAAUUUUAACAGGCGAGAGCUGCUCUGUGGAAAAAGAGCUUGAUGCAACGACUGCUACAAAUGCAGUAUACCAGGAUAAGACAAGCAUCCUGUUUUCUGGUACUACAGUAGUCGCUGGAAGGGCAAGAGCUGUUGUUAUUGGGGUUGGAUCUAAUACUGCAAUGGGCAGUAUACGUGAUUCUAUGUUAAUGACCGAAGAUGAGGUGACGCCAUUGAAGAAAAAGUUGGAUGAAUUUGGCACUUUUUUGGCAAAGAUCAUUGCAGGUAUAUGUGUGCUAGUUUGGGUGGUAAACAUUGGGCAUUUUAGUGAUCCUGCCCAUGGUGGCUUCUUGCGAGGUGCAAUACAUUACUUUAAGAUUGCAGUUGCACUGGCUGUUGCAGCAAUCCCUGAAGGGCUUCCUGCUGUUGUUACAACGUGUUUGGCCCUUGGGACAAAGCGAAUGGCUCGUUUAAAUGCUAUUGUGAGAUCCUUGCCGUCCGUAGAAACCUUGGGCUGCACGACAGUAAUCUGCAGUGACAAGACUGGCACUCUCACAACAAAUAUGAUGUCUGUGUCAAAGAUUUGUGUGCUUCAGUCAUUAAAUAAUGGUCCAAUGAACUCUGAAUACGUUGUUAGUGGAACAACUUACGCACCAGAAGGUUUUAUAUUUGACAGCUUGGGAGCCCAGCUAGAUAUUCCUGCUCAGUAUCCUUGUCUACUUCAUAUAGCAAUGUGCUCAGCUCUAUGCAAUGAGUCUGUUAUACAAUACAACCCAGAUAAGAGGAUUUAUGAGAAGAUUGGUGAAUCAACUGAAGUUGCCCUCCGUUUGCUGGCAGAAAAAAUUGGUCUUCCUGGUUUUGAUACAAUGCCCUCUGCUUUAAAUAUGCUAAGCAAGCAUGAACGGGCCUCUUACUGUAAUCGGUAUUGGGAAAGCCAAUUUAAAAAGGUUUCUUUAUUGGAAUUUUCACGUGAUCGCAAAAUGAUGAGUGUGCUUUGUAACCGGAAGCAGAUGGAGAUAAUGUUUUCAAAAGGAGCUCCAGAAAGCAUACUUUCAAGAUGUACCAAUAUACUGUGUAAUGAUGAUGGUUCUACUGUCCCUCUUUCUGCACAUAUUAGAGCUCAGUUGGAAGCAAAGUAUAAUAGUUUUGCAGGAAAAGAAACUCUUAGAUGCUUAGCUCUAGCCUUGAAAAGAAUGCCUAUGGGUCAACAAUCACUCUCCUUUGAUGAUGAAAAUGACCUUACAUUUAUUGGGUUGGUUGGGAUGCUUGAUCCACCAAGGGAUGAAGUAAGAAAUGCCAUCCUUUCUUGUAUGAAUGCAGGCAUACGUGUAAUCGUUGUUACUGGGGAUAACAAGACAACUGCAGAAUCCUUGUGCCAAAAAAUUGGUGCCUUUGAUCACUUGGGAGAUUUUACUGGGUUUUCUUACACUGCCUCUGAGUUUGAAGAACUCCCGGCAUUGCAGAAAUCAGUGGCAUUACAACGGAUGACAAUUUUAUCCAGGGUCGAACCAUCCCACAAAAGGAUGCUGGUUGAAGCAUUACAGAAUCAAAAUGAAGUGGUUGCAAUGACUGGAGAUGGAGUAAAUGAUGCACCUGCACUGAAGAAAGCAAACAUUGGAAUUGCCAUGGGAUGUGGAACUGCAGUUGCAAAGAGUGCUUCAGAUAUGGUUUUAGCAGAUGACAACUUCGCCACCGUUGUUGCAGCAGUUGCUGAGGGAAGGGCUAUAUAUAACAAUACGAAGCAAUUUAUUAGAUAUAUGAUAUCUUCAAACAUUGGUGAAGUGGUCUGUAUAUUUGUGGCAGCUAUGCUUGGGAUUCCUGAUACUCUUGUGCCUGUCCAACUGCUAUGGGUAAAUUUGGUCACUGAUGGAUUGCCUGCCACAGCUAUUGGGUUCAAUAAACAAGACUCGGAUGUUAUGAAGUCCAAACCUCGGAAGGAUCGCAGUACAGGAUAGACAAUUGGAACAAGACAUGAAUCACAAGGCCUUUACUAUCUUACCUCUUCUAAUUCCCUAACAGCACGCUCCGUUACAGAUUCCCACUUCUAAUUCACAAACAUUUGGGACAUCCAAGUCUAUCAAACUGCAAAAGAUGGUGCCUAGCUUGUCUAGUUUAUCCACAUUAGAUUAUGAGUCGUGUCAACUUUGGAAACACACUCGUCCUACAUUUUCACGUAGUACUGAUGGUCGUUCAGAGUCUAUUUUUUCAUUAGUUCAUUCUGAUACUUGGGGUCCUAGUAGAGUCAUUUCCACCUUAGGAUUUCGUUAUUUUGUUAUUCGUUGACGAUAAUUCGCGAUGCACUUGAGUUUUCUUAAUGAAAGAUCGUUUUGAGUUGUUUUCUAUAUUCAAAGGUUUCUUUGCUGAAAUACAAAAUCAGUUUGGUGUUUCUAUUCGUAAUUUUUGUAGUGAUAAUGCCUUAGAAUAUUAUCAUCCCAGUUUCAGGAAUUUAUGUCUCAACACGGAUUUAUUCACCAAACAUCUUGUCCAUACACUCCUCAACAAAAAUGGUGUCGUAGAAAGAAAGAAUAGGCAUCUCAUAGAGACUACUCGUGCUCUCCUCAUUAAAUCCCAUGUUCCGCUGCAUUUUUGGGGCAAUGCAGUCCUUUCAUCUUGUUAUUUAAUUAAUUAAAUGCCCUCUUCUUUUAUUCAAAAUCAGGUUCCACAUUCCAUACUGUUUCCUCAGUCACAUCUUUAUCCUAUCCCCCCUCUUGUCUUUGGGAGCACAUGCUUUGUUCAUAAUUUAGCCCUAGAGAAAGAUAAAUUAGCUCCUCGUGCCUCAAAUGUGUCUUUCUUGGUUACUCUAGGGUUCAAAAAGGGUAUCGUUAUUAUUUCAUGAUCCUCAUUAAUACCUUAUGUCCAUUGAUGUUACAUUGUUUGAGUCUCAGCCUUGUAUACAUCUUCUGAUCAUCCUAAUAUAUCUAUGGUCUUACCCAUACCUCAAGUUUUACCUGUGCCAACCUUUGAGAAUCUACGGUUACUUCUACAUCUAUGGUUGUAGUGCCACCACUACUGACUUAUCAUCGUCGUCCACGUCCAGCACUAGUUCCAAAUGAUUCAUGUCAUGUGCCAGACCCUGCUCCUACUGCGGACUUGCCUUUUCCUUGCCAACCACUUGCACUUCAAAAGGUAUAUGAUCCACUCGAAAUACUAUACCUUCUUAAGUUAUCAUCGUCUGUGAUCACCCCAUUAUGCCUUUGUGUCGUCUUUGUCCUCUAUUUCCAUCCCUAAAACUACAAGUGAGGAACUUUCUUAUUCUGGAUGGAGACAGGCUAUGGUUGAUGAGAUGUCUGCUUUCAUAAAAGUGUGGUACUUGGGAGCUUGUCUCCCUUCCUCCAGGUAAAUCUCCGGUUGGUUGUCGUUGGGCUCACGCAGUCAAAAUUGGCCCAGACGGUUAGGUUGAUCGACUCAAGGCUCGCCUUGUUGCCAAAGGGUAUAACCAGAUAUUUGGGCUAGAUUAUGCUGACAGCUAAAAUAGCAUCAGUCUCCUUUUUUUAUUUAUGGUUGUCGUUCCUCAUUGGCCUCUUCAUCAGUUGGACAUCAAGUACGCUUGGUGAUCUUGAGGAAGAAGUCUGUAUGGAGCAACCACUUGGUUUUGUUGUUCGGGGAGAGUGUAGUAGCCUUGUAUGUCGAUUGCGUAGGUCACUCUGUGGUCUGAAACAAUCUCCUCGAGCUUGGUUAGCACAGUACUUCAGCUGUUCGGCAUGACUCGUAGUGCAGCUGAUCGCUCGGUGUUUUAUCGGCAUUCUGCACAAAGUCAAUGUAUUUAUCUGGUUGUUUACGUUAAUUGUUAUCACCGGUAAUGAUCAAGAUGGUAUCACUGAUUUGAAGCAACAUCUCUUUAAGCAUUUUCAAACUAAAGACCUUGGCAGAUUGAAGUAUUUCUUUGAUAUAGAGGUUGCUCAAUCUAGUUCAGGUAUAGUAUGCCUUAGACAUUCUUGAGGAGACAGGAAUGAUGGGAUUUAGACCUAUUGACGCUCCCAUGGAUCUCAAUGUUAAACUCCUUCCCGGACAGGGGGAGCCACUUAAUAAUCCUAAAAGGUAUAGACGACUCAUUGGAAAGUUGAAUUAUCUCACAAUGACUAGACCUGACAUGUGAGUGUUGUAAGUCAGUUUAUGACUUCCCCUUGUCAAAGUCAUUGGGAAGCAGUGGUUCUUAUUCUGCGAUAUAUAAUGUCAGCUCCUCGGAAAGUACUACUCUUUGAGGAUCAAGGUCAUGAGCAUAUCAUUGGAUAUACAGACGCUAAUUGGGCAUGAUCACCCUCUGACAGACGUUCGACAUUCGGAUAUUGUGUUUUAGUAGGAGGUAAUUUGGUGUUCUAGAAGAGUAAGAAACAGAAUGUGGUUGCUCGAUCUAGUGCGGACUCAAAAUAUCGAGCAAUAGCAACAACAACUUGUGAGUUAGUUUGGAUCAAACAGUUACUAGGAUAACUAAAGAUUGGCAAAAUUUAUCAGAUGAAACUCGUAUAUGAUAAUCAAGCGACUCUUCAUAUCGCAUCAAAUUCAGUGUUUCAUGAAAGGACUAAGCACAUUGAGAUUGACUGUCACUUUGUCAGAGAAAAAAAAUACUCUGAGGAGAUAUCGUUACAAAAUUCGUGAAGUCAAAUGAUCAGCUUGCAGAUAACUUCACCAUGUCCCUCAUAUGUCCUUGUAUUAAAUACAUUUGUAACAAGCUAGGUACAUAUGAUUCGUAUGCGGUUAGAAUAGAAUAAGUAUUUCCUACUUAAAAUAUGAAUAGGAAUAGGAUUCUAAUGUAGUGUCUAUAAAUAGGGUCUCAAUGUAAAAUUUAAAUACACAAUUCAAUAAUAUUUUUUCCCAUAUAUUUCUCACAAUCACAUUUAACAAAUUGCCGGUUCACGAAUAUGUCCCAAUUGUCAAGGUAUUUUCGUCUUUGGCACGACCUCUUUGGGCCAGCUCAAGGAUUUAGGCCCCACGGUUUUGUUUCCUUGUAUUUUAACCCAAAGGCGCCUUAAGGCGAUCUAAAUGGAUUGGAUUAAAGAGUUACAAUAUCUUGGUAGUUUGGCGUGGUAUUGGAUAUGGCAUCUCUCAGGUUGUAGGGCAUCUCUGCAAGGAUGUCAAGUUUAUUAAGGGAUUGAGCGUUUUGCCCACGAACCGAUGGUGGGUGAACUUGAAAUGGAAUUUGCAGUUAUAUCAGAAUGGGAGAGAAAGGUUGGGAGCUAUCUAAGGUGAGUUCAUUAUACAACCAUGAGGCCCACUAGCCUUUGGUAUCCCAAACAGUACAUACCAAAUUAGACAAUACCUUGGCAGUUAGGCCUGGGCUGUAUUAGAGUUGGUACGACCCCUAACAUGGUGGUGAGACAUGCCUCAGUACUCGCUGAGUCUAUAAGGGAUGGUGAGUAUAACAACCUAUGGAUCUGUAGUGGUUGAACUAGUAAGGGGAUUCAUGGUGAAACUUGCCGAAGAAAAAUCUCACAUAGGAGUGGGAUGGGAAGUUGGGGUCUAUAUAAGGGUGUGUUUAGGAUUCAAUUUUGAAGGCCCAUUUUACAAUAAAGCUCAUACUAAAUGUGAGGCCAAAGUCUUGAGGUGGCCUUCAGGGUCAAAAACAAACAAUACCUUGGCAAUUUGGUCUAGGCCAUGGCAGGUGAUAUCAAAAUCGGUCCUUCCCGUAGUGGCUAGUACGAGGGUGGGGUAAAUCAUAGCGAGUACGGUGAGUCCCUAAAAGAGUGUGUGUGUUGAUUAAGUGGAGCAGCCUAUGGAACAAAUGGGAAUUGAAUGCAAAAGGAAUUUUGUUUCUUAGGCGAUCCAUGUUGUCCAAAUGUCUUGUGCUUGCCAGAGGGGUCGGGUAAAUCCAGACAAACCUUGGCAGUUAGGCCUGAGUGACGACAUUGUUUCUCCAACUUUAUCUUUAGAGUAAGAGAGAACUGAUUUCUUUGUGAUAUGUAAAUGCAAUCAAGCAUAAAAUAGUUGGAGAAUCCCUUCAGAGGGAUACAGUGUUGUAUGAUUAUACAAUGGAUUUAUCUAACAGGAUUAAAGGAUACAAAAUUAAGACGGGUUAAUCUGAUGCUGAUUUAAUAAACGAAGAGCACAUUAAGCUAGACGAAGCCAUCAACACAUUUUGAGCCUCUCUUCAAGGCUUAAGCUUGCAUUUGAGAACACUGUUAUAGUACAUAUAGCAUUUGUACUUCACCUUUCUUAACAAACUUUUAUAAAUUGUUUCUUGUACAUUGUUUUGCUAGAAAAGAAUCAUGGUCGUUGGUUGAACUUAUGAAUCACCCAAGUUUGCCAAGUUUGAAUAGAAUUAUCACUCUGCUUUCCUAGUUUCUUCUCUCUUGCCCUCGUUAACAGUGUCCAUAUUUCUGAAACAAGCUUUUGUAGCUUUUCCUUUCACAAUAUCUUCGAUGACAUAUCUAAUUAUUUGAUUAAGUUCAUCCUAAAUGCUGGGGACACAUGCUUGUCAGCACAACAUGGAAGGUGGAUAUUGCACUUAUUAAAUGUUCUUUUUUUUUAUUUGAUAUUGUUCAACUUUAUUGGCUGUGACAGUGAAGUGUCAAGUGCCCUUACUAUAUUAAAGUUGACUGUGAUCUUUCUGUUUUAUCUUCCAUGAAAUGUUUGCUCAUUAUCUUAAUUCCUUGCUCGCAAAUGCGUUAAUAUUUUAACCUUUUCCAAAAA